GGGACAGCCCGAGCGGCAGCGGCCGAGCCGCGGCGGCGGUGGGCGCGGGUGGGCGCGCCCGGGAGACGCUGCUCGGGGCCAUGGCAGAGGCUCUGCCCGAAGCCGCGGUGAGGAGGAAGAAAAGCGUAACUAUCGAGGAGAAAAUUGACAUCAUAAGCGCUGUGGAGAGCGGCAAGAAAAAGGCGGAUGUUGCAGCCAAGUAUGGCAUCAAAAGGAACUCCCUGUCUUCGAUUAUGAAGAAUAAGGAAAAAGUUUUGGAAGCCUUUGAAACCUUGCGGUUUGAUCCUAAAAGGAAAAGACUGAGGACUGCUUUUUAUGCCGACCUGGAGAUGGCAUUGAUGAAGUGGUGCAGAAUUGCAGAGUGCCUGAAUGUGCCGGUCAAUGGCCCUAUGUUGCGCCUCAAGGCGAACGAUUUUGCCCAGAAGCUUGGACACAGUGAUUUUAAAUGCAGCAAUGGCUGGCUCGAUCGUUUCAAGUCGAGGUAUGGUCUAGUUUUCAGAGCUCAGCCUGUAGAAGCAGCUGCUCCUCCUGCAGUGGGUGCUCCAACUCUUUGGUACCGAAAUGUGCUUCCUUGUUAUUUAAACGAUUAUCAGGCAAAAAAUGUGUUUUACAUACAGGAGACUGGGUUGUUAUAUCAGAUGUUACCACAUAACACGUUUGCAUUUAAAGGGGAAACUUUUUCUGUAAGUGAACAAAGCAAAGAGAGCAUCACUGUAGUGAUGGGUACAAAUAUGGAUGGCUCUGAGAAACUCCCACUGCUCAUUAUAGGAAAAAGCAAAAGUCCACUCUCUUUCAAAGAUGUGAAAUCACUGCCAGUGGAUUAUGAAGCAAAUGAUAAGGCGUGCAUGACUUCAGGAAUCUUUGAACAGUGGAUGCAGAAACUCGAUCACAGGUUUCAAGCACAGCAGCGCCGAGUGGUUAUUCUCAUUGAUUCUCUCCCAGCUCACACAGAAGUAAAGAACCUGAAGUCUGUCAAAUUAGUGUUCUUUCCUCCAGACUCUUCUUCAUGUAUAGCUGUGAAAGAAAGGAUUAUCAGAAGUCUGAAGGUAAAAUACAGGCACUGUCUUAUAAAGAGAUUUGUUGACUGUGUAGCAAAUAAUAAAGAGUUUAUGCUGACCCUUCUUGAUGCAAUUGAGAUUCUGUACCUGUGCUGGAGGGAAGUAACACCAGAGACUAUUACAAAAAGUUACAAUGGAGUAACUUUCAAAUUAGAAACUGAGACAAAGGAUAAUGACAAUGAGGUUGAAAGUGAUUUUGAUUUGAUUGCACAUGCACGGGCAGCUGGAGUAGAGUUUCCAGGCGGUUUGUCUUCGGAAGAAUACGCAGCUCUAGAUGAUGGCUUAGUAGCUUACGAAGUGCCCACAAACAGCGAAAGCACGUGUGCCAAAGAAAGUGCAUCAGAUAAAGCUGAGAUAUUUGUUGGUAAUGAAGAUAAGGAUGAAGGUGAUCAACUUCAGGGAGCUGAACAGCAUUUACCAUCCAAAAAUGAGGCUUUGUGUGCUUUAGAUACCCUUCAAAAGUUUCUCAGAAGUCAAGACACACACGAUUCUCUUUACGAUUUCCUAGCUGACUUGGAGAAUUUUAUUCAACAUGCAGCAUGUGAAUAAAUAUUUUAGCAAAGUGGGAAAGCAUGUAAUUGGAAAAAAAAAGAAAUUAUAUAAUCAAAGAUAGCUUAAAAACAACCAUUGCUGAAAUGUUCUCUGGUAUCUUUUGCUCAGCUGCCUAGAUGAACUUAACAAAACUAUGAAAAAGGGCCAUGAAGAAAUUUUCCACAAAAUCAGGAGCAAAUAACAUAUAUUUGAGGUGAAGAGAGGGAGUAAGCUGAACCCUAAAAACUCUUUCUACUGCAAUAAGUACAAUGGAGGCAAAAUAAAUUCUUUGAGCAGUUUGGUGCACUCAGGAUAAACUGUUGACCACUUGGAAUUCUUUCUUCAAAGAAACUAGUACUUCUACACAUCAAUAUUUUCACCAGUGUUUUUGGAGUUUUGACAGUAAAUAUUUAUCACCUUGGUGGUUUUGAUACAUAAACACAAAAUUGAAUAACACAGAAAAUACAUGGUUAGAUUCUGAGAAGUAAGGCAUUUUUAAAAGAAAUAUUUUUUUGCCCUUCAUCGAGAAUUCUGGCCAUCUUUACUCUUGCAGCAGAUGAUGAACAGCAGAAAGUUACCACAGCUUUGAAUGUGUUGUUUUGUUUCCUUAAAACUGUU